AUGGCAGACAUCACCCUCCUUAAUGGAGAUGUCAUCAAGAAGGGAACCAGGAUCGUCUGCGACACCACACACAUGUGGAGUUCCGAAUUUCACGAGAAUGGAGAUAAGUUCGAUGGGUAUCGGUAUCUUCGCAUGAGAGAAGCGUCUGAGCAAGACAAGAACGCGCAUCCGCAUCUUGUCAGCCCCAGCGUUGAUCACUUGGGAUUCGGUUACGGCAAUCACGCUUGCCCUGGGCGUUUUUUUGCCGCCAACGAGCUCAAGAUUGCUCUUUGCCACAUGCUUCUGAAGUAUGAUUGGAAGCUUGCUGAUGGUGUUGUUCCCAAGGCAUCUGCCUUUGGCAUGAUGCAAACAGCUGAUUCGCAAGCCAAGUUGCUUAUUCGGCGACGCACCGAGGAAUUGGAUAUUGAUGCAGCUGAGCAUUAG